AUGGGAAGAUGCGAGGGAGCCUUCACCUGCAACCUUGGAGUCUGCUCGAUAACAAGAGCCGAGCUGAAGGGUGCAGCCGAGGGUUUGGAACUUGCCUGGCACAAAGGGUACAGGAAAGUUGAGUUGAACUUGGACUCUUCAACUACCAUUAACAUCAUCAAGACAUAG